AUGAAUAUGUUGGCUCGCCAUCCUAAUCUAUCCACGGAUCAAAAACGCAAUCUCGAGAAAAUGUCGCGAGCCUUAGAGAAAGCAGACAAGGUUUCAAAUGGCCCUUCUGAGGAGAGUGAUCGCCGAGGCGCUUGCGACGAGUUAUUGGCCAUGAUGUCUCGAGUUCUGGAAGGUCUGCGGACACAGGGUGACAUGACAGAGUUUGUAGCAGCGUCUCUGGCAGAGGCCGCAGCGAACUGUUGGACAGCUUGGGAGGAAGCUGUGCACAGUGCAUAUCAAGUUGUUUGCCCUGAUGCUUCAGGUUCAAGCCAUGUCAUGACGAUGGAGCUCGAGGAUUGGUUUCUUGGUGAGCUGCUGUCGUUCAGACGUGACCUCGGUUACCGUGCCCUUGCCAAGGCUAAGGAGCGUGCUGGAGAGACCGAUGUUCAUUUCAAGAAUUUCUUUUUCUCCUCUAUACAUUUCGGGCUGCCAGUUCUGCAGCGCAUGGCAGCAAAAGACCCGUCGCGCCUGAACUACACGAUGCUGAACCUCGUAAAUAUGGACGAGGUGCGUGCAGACCUCUGGAAAGAGUACACGCCAGCGAGCAUCACCGCUCACGUCAAAGCACUCCUCGAUUCGAGCGCUUAUUGGCGUGGCCGUGUGGUAGAUUGGCUGCGCGCGCACUGCAUCGAAGGUCUCGACUCGCAGCAGUGGCUCUACGAAUGGUGCCACGACGCGGGCUACAGCCUGCGCGACGAGGCCAUCGUCUUCAUGCUUGCUUCGAUGCGCAUCUUGGACGGCAGCAUUCUUUGCGAGAUUCGGCCUGCGACCGUCCCACGCAGGACGAGCGCACCGUGGCGCGCACCGCUCGCCUCCGCUGCAGCGGGAGGUGCGGCGCGGCCAGCGCAGGUGAGGCCAGACCCCGCCGCCCGACGCCCGUGCGUCAUGAUGUGA